AUGUCAUUCUCCGAUCAUGCCCCAGCAACGGCUUCUUGCUCUCGCUCGGGGAAUUCUUUCUACACGGGCGCGGAUGGUGAGAGGCGCCUAGCAGGAGAGAAAGAGGAGAGUACAGGUGUUCAGAGCGAUGUCGAUACAAUUGAAGGUCAUGCCAGCGAGGAGGAUACCAGUGAGCCAACCUUUUUUCCAAAGUCAGAAUUUGACAAGAGGACAAGCAAUCCGAACCUGAAAACCACCAAGACUGGCAAGAUCCGGCACAAGUCAAGGAAGAUUGGCGUGAGCAAGAAAUCAACCGCCUACAACCGAUUCCUGCGGCAGAGGAGUAAAGUUCUGGCAGAGCAGCUCCCAAACUUGACGCCACAACAGCGCAUGAAACGGAUUGCCGAGGAAUGGACUGUCUCCGAGAAGAACCAACACAAGACACGACGGAAAAGCCGCUUCCUUGGUUCAACUAGUGAGCAGACCCUCCCCUCCGCACCCCCCUCAAACGCCGACGCGUCAACCACCCCUGCUAUUUCCAUCGCCACCGCCACCGUCAUUUCUGCCACUACUGACAUCAUCGCUUUGGACAAUGCCAGCCCUGACGAUGCCAGCUGA